AGGCUACACAUCUUCCUCCUAUUUAGGAUACAGUGAUGGAAGAGGGCCUCCAGCACAGCCUCGCCGUAGGAUGGGUCGAAUAAAUAACUGGGGUGGAGGCCCCAGUCCACCACCAAUGGCUGGAGGUGGAUGAGGAAGGUAAACGCUUGCUGAAGAGGCAGGCAAGAGCAUACACAUCUGCAAGAUGAAAGGGAAGAGAGUUUCGUGGUGGACCAAAUGUGUUUGAAUGUCGUGGAUGCGUAUGUCUAACUAGAGACUGUUCUGUGAUAUCAGCAGAUUAAUGAAGUUGUACUGGGAACUCCUUCUUCAAGGAUCUGGUGUAACUGAACUACAGUUUUAUUAAAUGUUUACUGUCUAAAGUCUUUGUAUAGUUUCUGAGCAUUUUACUGUAGUUGCAGAGUAAUAAGUAAAUUAUAUUUGGCUUGUCACAAGGCUGACUUUCUCAUCAUUUUUAGAAAAAAAAACCUGUCUGAGGAAGGAUACGUAUUUAUAUUUGAUACAGAAGGUCCCUCAAGAGUCAAAUAUAACGCAGUGCUUCCUAACAGGUUUUGUAUUUACUCUAUUUUUGUCAGUACUAACAUUCUGUACUUCGAUGUAUUUUCAUGAUAUUAAUGAUACUCUAAAAACACUUUUAAAAAGCAACUUACAAAUAAUUUUGUUUUACAAUCUUUGCCUUUUACAAACUCACUUAAGGCCCAUAAUGGGUUUUAUAACACGAGUGUUUCAUAAGCACCUCUUGAAACAGCUUCUGUCUCCAUUAUAAACUUACUCAAACGUAUAAGCCUACUUGCUGUACAAAUUUUGGUAAGACUUUUUUCAAUAAAGUCAGGCUUUGUUCUUAUUACAUGAGAAAAAGGUAGUGAACUCAAAUACUGAGGGCUAACACAAGAAAAGGUAUUUUCUUUCAAACAGUAACCGCCUUUUAAUUUAUUUACCCCAUUUCAGAAUGGGAGUUUCUGUUGUUCAUGGGUUUUGUUUGGGGUUUGGAGGUUUUUUGUUCAGUGGGAGAGGGCUGCAUCUAUUUGAGAAAAGAUUAUCUGACAAGAAUCCAGAUAAAUUAUUUUCUACAAGGUGCUGCUGCAAAAUUUUUACUUAAACCUCUCUUAAAAUCUCUUUAGCAGGAAAAUAUAACGUUACAGUUUGAAGAAAUCACAACAAUUUAUUGUCUUUUAGAUAAUCAUUCUAUCACCCAAUGAUUCCUCCCCACCCCAGAAGAGGGAUCAGGUUAAAAACAAGGAAACCCAAGGGUUGAAAUACAAACAGGUUUAUGGAAUCACGGAAUUUUUCAGAGUUGGAAGGGACCUCUAGAGAUCAUCUAGUCCAACUCUCCUGCUAAAGCAGUAUCGCCCAGAGCACCGUAACUCAGGACUGCAUCCAGGCAGGUCUUGAAAGUCUCCAGGGAAGGAGACUGACAAAAAGAGACAAUAUCGGUCCCGAAACCUGCAUGAAAUAUACGAGGACACCCAGCCCAUCCCACCAGCAGAAAGCUGUGCGCACCCAGCAGUGACAGUAAAUGUGGGACACUGCAGCUUCGGGAGGAAGGGACGGGCUCAGGGGUCCAGCAGCAGGGCAAGGGGUUCUGGGGAUGGCAGCAUCAAGGGAGAGAGAGCUUCUUCAGCAAACUUUCUAGCUUAAAUUGAACAUGGCCUUCAUGGUACAAAAUAAUCCUGUGGGCCAGCUAGGGUCAAGUGCCUGGGUCUCAGUCCACCUGGUCCCCACACUUAGUAAAGCUCAAAAACACUGAGACCUUGAAACCCGCACACUAGCUGUCUAUUAUAAAGUAAAUACUUAAACAAAUUCAGGCAGUGGAGUCUCCUAAAAACGCAGUUUUCCCUGGCAUUAGAUGAGACCUUACUGAAAAUUAAAAUUGCUGAAAGAGAAAUUGAUCCUGUGUCACUCAAACCAGGACAAACAUCCAACAAUGCCCCUUGGUUAACAUUAGCAUUUGCUAACGAGCUGGCUUUUGCCAGCUAGUUACGGUAAAAUCGCCCCCUCGGGUGGCUCCCACCUUUUAAAGUCACCUUUUAAAGUUAUCAAAGUUAUCUUUUAAACUUGCUGUGAACAGGAGCCUUCAGGCUAAUGAACGGAUCUUCCUCAACUCCACAUCUUCAUCGUCUGUAAAGGAGCCCACAGACCAGGCGGGUACAGGCCGGUAGCUCCGCGUCAGUUCUUCACGGGUGUAUCGCACGCAUCAGCGGGACUGUGAUAUUUUUACAGGCAGUAUCUUUUACGUUGUGCGGAGGGCUGUAUUGCCCUUCCCCCCGCAGGAACCGCCCGGCCGGCAGGGCCUGCCUGCCGCUACAUCAGACCUCCCGCACCGGCUGAGGCGCUCCCCGGGCUCCCCGCUGCUCCUGCCCCCGCCGCAGCGCCCGGGGCGGGGGCAGCCCCCGGGGCAGCCGCUGCCCCCCCGCACCCCGCUGCGAGCCCAGCCCAGCCGGCCCGGGGCUGGCGCUGAGGGGCCGCCGAGCCCCCUCCCGCCGUCCCCACCUGAGGGGCCGCCGACCCCCCCGCGGUACCUGCCUGAGGGGCGGCGCCGGCCGCGGGUCCGCCCGCUUCCGCCCCGCACGGAGGCCGGGCUCGGCGCCGCCCGUCCCUCGCAGCAGCGGCUUCCGCCCGGCGCCGCUGGCCCGGCGGGGAGCAUGACCCAGGCGGAGAAAGGCGAGGCGGAGAACGGGAAGGACAAGGAGCGCGACCGGGAGCGCGAGCAGCGCGGCGUCAAGCGGCCCAUCGUCCCCGCCGCCGUGCCCGAGUCCCUGCAGGAGCAAAUCCAGAGCAACUUCAUCGUGGUGAUACACCCCGGCUCGACCACGCUGCGGCUCGGGAGGGCCACGGACACGCUGCCCGUGGGCAUCCCCCAUGUCAUCGCCCGGCGGCACAAGCAGCAGGGACAGGCGGCCUACAGGGACAGCUGGCUCCUGCGGGACGGGCUCAAUAAACCUGAAAGUACUGAGCAGAGACAAAAUGGCCUUAAAAUGGUGGACCAAGCAAUAUGGUCCAAAAAGAUGUCAAAUGGUGCAAGGCGUAUACCAGUGUCACCUGAUCAGGCCAGGUCAUACAACAGACAGAUGCGGCCGGCUAUUUUAGAUCACAGCUCUGGGGCCAAGUGGACAAACACAUCAAAUCAUCCCGAAUUUCUGGUAGGAGAAGAGGCACUGUACGUUAAUCCACUAGAUUCUUAUAAUAUACACUGGCCGAUCAGAAGAGGGCAGUUGAAUCUCCACACAGGACCUGGUGGCUCCCUCACUGCCGUAUUAGCAGAUCUUGAAGUUAUAUGGUCACAAGCAAUACAAAAAUAUCUGGAAAUACCACUGAAAGACUUAAAGUAUUACAGAUGCAUUUUGCUAAUUCCAGACAUCUAUAAUAAACAACAUGUGAAAGAACUGGUAAAUAUGAUCCUAAUGAAGAUGGGCUUCUCAGGAAUUGUUGUACACCAGGAGUCUGUCUGUGCUACCUUUGGAAGUGGUUUAAGCAGUGCGUGUAUAGUCGAUGUGGGAGAUCAGAAGACAAGUGUUUGCUGUGUAGAAGACGGUGUUUCCCAUCGCAACACCAGGCUGUGCCUUGCAUAUGGAGGAUCUGACGUAUCAAGGUGUUUUUACUGGCUUAUGCAACGAGCAGGGUUCCCAUAUAGAGACUGCCAGUUAACUAGUAAGUUGGACUGCCUGCUGCUUCAGCACCUAAAGGAGACAUUUUGUCAUCUAGACCAGGAUAUUUCUGGAUUGCAAGAUCACGAGUUCCAAAUUCGUCAUCCGGAUUCUCCAGCUUUAUUAUACCAGUUCCGAUUAGGGGAUGAAAAAUUACAGGCUCCAAUGGCUCUGUUUUACCCAGCAACAUUUGGAAUUGUUGGACAAAAAAUGACAACUUUGCAACACAGGUCACAAGGUGACCCUGAGGAUCCUCAUGAUGAACAUUACCUGCUAGCCACACAAAGUAAGCAGGAGCAGUCUGCAAAAGCUACAGCUGAUAGAAAAUCUAUGUCGAAACCUGGUGCAUUUGAGGGAGACUUGAGAGGCCAAGCCUCAGACAUUUCAGAGAGGAUGUACCCACAAGAAGUGGAACUGGGAUCUUCCCAGAGUGAUUGUAUGAUAUCUGGAAAUGACUCAGAGGAACCUUUAACAGCACACAUGUCCAGGAAAACAGCUAUUUCUCAGUUUGAAGGCAAAGCCUUGGGCCUUGACAAAGCCAUUCUUCAUAGUAUUGACUGCUGCGCAUCUGAUGAUACAAAAAAGAAGAUGUACAGCUCCAUCUUAGUAGUGGGAGGAGGCCUUAUGUUUCAUAAAGCUCAAGAGUUUCUUCAACACCGAAUUCUCAACAAAAUGCCACCUUCUUUUAGAAGAGUCGUUGAAAAUGUGGAAGUCAUCACAAGACCUAAGGAUAUGGAUCCCCGCUUAAUUGCAUGGAAAGGAGGUGCUGUUUUAGCCUGUCUUGAUACAACGCAGGAGCUAUGGAUAUAUCAGCGAGAAUGGCAGCGCUUUGGUGUCAGAAUGUUACGAGAACGAGCUGCAUUUGUAUGGUAAUGGAUAUGUCGACAGUGGAACGUUGAAAUGAUCCUCAAGAUUAACUGAGGAUUCCUUUCCCCAAAUACCCUCUUUUUCCAGUGCAGAUGUAUUGAUCUUCUGCUGACAGAUAUUUUUGUAUUUUAUUAAAACUAGCUUCAAGUAAGAUUUUUCCAAAAGUGGUGCAAAAGUCUUCAGUAUUGCUAUACUUCAUCUUUUGAAUUGUAUGCAUUGAAUUCUGUUUACAGAGUAUCACAGUCAUCUCCAAAUUCACUACAUUCAUGUUAUAUAGGUUAUGUACGUUAAAAUUGGAGUGUGGGGG